UGUAUUGACAAUAUUCCAGGUACAAGAUAACAUAUCUCUAAAGUAUUCGUGGCAAAUGUCACAUUGAUCUGAUAUUUGAAAUAUUUCAGAUACCAGUUACAAGGUGGAUGUGAUCACAGGCGACCUGUCAGGCGCGGGAACAGACGCCAAUGUAUUUAUCAUUAUGUUUGGUGAAUAUGGAGACUCAGGAGAGAUUUCGCUGAAGAAUUCCGAGACAUAUAAAGACAAGUUUGAACGCGGACAUACUGAUGUGUUUGUGCUCAAAGAUAUGCUCAGUUUAGGUAAGAUCUUGACAUUCUUUUAAACACAGCCCAUCCAUCUCGUCUUCGCUCUAUUUUUGGAUUUCAUAUGACGUCACGAACGUGACGGGGGGUCAACUCUAAACAAAACACCGUUAUCACAGUGAGUCGAUUGUUCGUUUUAUGUAUUAGGCUUGUGUUUGGUGGCAAAUACAUGGAGUUUCGUAUCAUUUCCUCACUCCAGUACAGCAUAAGCAUCAAUACAUUUGAGGUUGACCCCCCCCCCCUCCCCCCCCGUCAGAGUUACUGCAUAAUAGCGAGCUUAAGCAAGUGACGUUUUUGACAACACGGGCGUCGACCGGAAGUAAAGUUGACGUUUAUCACCAAUCACAGCCCUUGACCCAGUCUUCUGACGUUACUCAUGCCGUUCGUGUUGUCAAAAACGUCACUUGCUUAAGCUCACUAAUGUCGUAAUGAAAUCCAAGAAUACCGCAGUUAUGUCUCUGACAGCUCUCCAUCUCUUUAUUUCAUAUCAUCAUAGCCUGUGAUGUUUCCUAACUUUCCUUCUCAUGCAAUGUCUAUCCAUGUUUCUAAUCUUACCAUUCCAUAACCUCUGAAUUAUCGGGGCUGAUCCUUACUGAGCCUCAGGAGGAGCAGUUUAGAACCGAUACAAUUAUCCAGUAAAAGUAAAAUUUAGUUAUUAGCUAGGUUUCCUCCUGUAGUGAUUAACAUUGCAUUAACGAAGGCUGACGUUUACUGGACUUUCAAUGUGAACAGUUUAGCACGUUUGGAGCUAUCCAUAAUAAAGUUAUUUUUUACGUAUUUUACUGCUAUGAACUGCGGAAUUCCUUACUCGCCUGUUUUUAUUGCAGGUGAACUGACGAAGGUGCGUGUUUGGCACGACAAUAAAUUCUUGAAAGCAAGUUGGUUCUUGGAGAGAAUAAAUAUUGAAGAUCAAACGACGAAGAAAGUUUAUGAAUUCCCGUGUGAUCGCUGGCUUGGUAAAGAUAAAGAAGACGGGAGCUUGUUAAGAGAGAUAGCUUGUGCUAACAGAGAUGAAACGACGGACUCCCCUGUUGCAGGUAUACAACUUUGUUUACAACAACAUUGCAAUAUAUACUGAGAAAUGUUCAAUACUGGAAGAGCAUGGCUGGCGAUGAGCGCGCUGCCUUUAUACGCCGCUGAGUUAAGCCUGCUCGAUUAAAGGCGGAUUUCCAUCCAGUGCGAAAUGCUGCGUGAUCGACUUUUUGCGAUUGUUUUCUUUUGAAAUACAAACAGUCUGCUGGAACAAAUCUCAUUAGCUCUAGUUGAUUCACUGACUGCACACAUUUCAAAAGAAAGUGAUCGCAAGAAAUCCAUCAUGCGACAUUUUGCACUGAAUGGAACUCAUGAUUCUGCUUUACUGGGCGACAUGUCCAAAUAUUGAAUAUUUACUAGCAUACUAACAGUUGUCGUCUAUUAAUUUGUUUAGUAUUCGAGAUAACACUGCUGACAAGUGACAAGCAAAACGCAGGAACAAACCAGAACGCUUCUGUCAUACUACUGGGAGAAAAACGUAAAUCUCAGGUGUAUAAAAUUGAAAACAGCGUCAAGAAUAAAGUCCUAAGACGAGGCCACACUGAUACUUUUAAAUUCGUUACCAAACCUCUGGGUGCGGUACGCGAAGUGAUCGUUGGUCAUCAUCCGAAACCUGAGCAGAAGAAAUCUGAGAAAGAACAAUCUUGGUACUUACAUGAAGUAGUGGUAAAAAAUACUGAUAAUGGAGAGAGGUUAGUGAUAAAUUACUUUCAUUUUUUACUAAAUAUGCUUGUUCAGUUUAAUGACUGAGGUCAUGCCUCGUUCUGUGAAAUCAUGUUGAUUACUAUUCAACAGGUACCAUUAGUGGUUCCUUAAUGGUAUAGCGAUAGUGAAAGUCAAAUCUGUAUUGUGCGACACAAUGGUAGACGCUGAAAUACGGUGUAUUGAACAUGUUGAAAUCUUCAUGAAACUACAUGUGUUUCAGUUGGUCUAUCUAUCAGCAAAGGCAGCUUUUCAUCUAGCAUGUCCUAAAAAUAUUGCAGUUUUAUUGAGAACUGCUUAUCCACCUUUUAGGUUUGUCUUCCCGUGUCGACAGUGGAUACCACUGACCUCAAAUAAAGGAGAUGGAGUGAGAUUGGAAUGUAAGUCAUCAGAAAGAUCAAGGCUUGCCGUCAUAAGAGGUAUGUAUCUUGUCAAAGCGUUGGAUAUCAACUUAUCCCAUUCCUUAAUAAUUGUUUGACUCAAACUGGAAGGCAUGUGGUUAGGCAACUACAUAUAUUACAGUAAUCGCCGCAAUAUGAAAUCUUUGCUAUACCUUUUCAAUCAAAUAAUCUGAUAAGCCCUUUACAUGUGUUGCAUGGUUUUUUAGAUCGAGUGAGAUGGCCCCAAAUCUGACAUUUACCCAUACUCUGUAUGUAACAUGCUCUAAACUCAGCUGUUCCGCACAUUGUAACCAAUAAUUUAUUGUAAUUGUAAAGCCAUUGUAUGCAAUAAAGUAUUGGGUUGUAAUGGGUUUACAAUUGCAAUAAUCCUUACCCUAAAAUUUAUGACUUUUGUUUUAAUGUCCCCACCCCAUUUAUUGCAUACAAUCGCUUUACAAGUAUAUAUUCAAAAAUUUCAGAACUUAAGCCGAUACAAUACGAGGUUGCCGUAUAUACCGCUGACGUUGCACAUGCUGGCACUGAUGCUAACGUCAGCAUUGUCAUCUACGGUGACAACGGUGAUACAGGUCAGCGGAAACUGACCAAGAAGAUGGUUAAUUUAUUCGAGAAAGGUCAAAGGGAUGUGUUUACGCUGGAAGCUCUUGACUUCCGAUCCAGCUCAAGAGAUUACGCAUUGAACAUGAUAACAAAGGCUUUGGCGCAGGCUGGAUGUUGGACAAGGUUGAGGUGACGAAGUUAGAAAACUCUGAAAUGGUUCCGUUUCCUUGUAACCAGUGGUUUGAUAAAAAGAAAGGUGAUGGUUUGAUCUCUCGUGAGCUGUUUCCUUCUGGAGCAAAUGCCACUUAGAUACUUCAGAGAGAACUACUGACAUCUUUAAAUAUUGGCGUUUCACUCAGAAUUACAGCAGAUACUGGUCAACUUGACACUUACAUCUCUCUAUUCUAUUUAUUCGCCUCUAAACACAAGACUACUGCAUAUGAUGAAAAGAAUGAACAUAAUUUUCUCACUCUGAUAACUGCAGGUUGACCAACAUCUGCUGCAGUUUAAAAUAAUAUUUCUAGCGAACGCUUUGUGUCCAAAGGAAUGGACAAACGUGUAUAUAUACAACCUUGUAUCACUAUAUUGGUGACUUGUAAAUCUGAAUAAUUUUAAACAUUUUAUUUAAUAUAUAGAUAAGCAAUAUAUUUAUGAUCCUGUUCACAGGGUUUUAUAAUCAAUAUAUAAUCCA